GGAUGCUGAUGCUGAACUGGCCAAGCUGGAAGGAAAGAAGAAAGGGAGGGGAGGGGAGAAUCGAGGACGGACGGCCUAGCCAGGCCAAGAAUGCAAUUGCCCCUGUGGUGGGAGCUGGGAAACCCUUGUGCUUGGACGGGAGAGGGUCGGGGGACACGCAGGAUGAGCCCCGCGACCACUGGCACCUUCUUGCUGACAGCUUUUUUAUUAAGCUGUGCUGAUGGCAUAAAUGGAACAGUUAACUGGAAGACCAAACAGGCCAGCAAUUUUAUUAUCAGCAGAAAAAUGACUCCUGGGAAGAAAGAUGUGUACACUGUUUUCUCAAAGGUGCGUUCUGAUUGGGAUGUGUACCCAUCUGCGGGUGUCCUCUUUGUUCAUGUUUUGGAAAGAGAGUGUUUUAAGGGGGAGUUUCCACCUUACCCAAAACCUGGUGAGAUCAGUAAUGAUCCCAUAACAUUUAAUACAAAUUUAAUGGGUUAUCCAGACCGACCUGGAUGGCUUCGAUAUAUCCAAAGGACACCAUAUAGUGAUGGAGUCCUAUAUGGAUCUCCAACAGCUGAAAAUGUGGGGAAACCAACAAUCAUUGAGAUAACUGCCUACAAUAGGCGUACCUUUGAGACUGCAAGGCAUAAUUUGAUAAUUAAUAUAAUGUCAGCAGAAGACUUCCCGUUACCAUAUCAAGCAGAAUUCUUCAUUAAAAAUAUGAAUGUAGAAGAAAUGUUGGCCAGUGAGGUUCUUGGAGACUUUCUCGGGGCAGUGAAAAAUGUGUGGCAGCCAGAGCGUCUCAAUGCCAUAAACAUCACGUCGGCCCUAGACAGGGGCGGCAGGGUCCCGCUCCCCAUUAAUGACAUGAAGGAGGGUGUUUAUGUCAUGGUUGGUGCCGAUGUCCCGUUUUCUUCUUGUUUACGAGAGGUUGAAAAUCCACAGAAUCAAUUGAGAUGCAGCCAAGAGAUGGAGCCUGUAAUAACAUGUGACAAAAAGUUUCGUACUCAAUUCUACAUAGACUGGUGCAAAAUUUCUUUGGUUGAUAAAACAAAGCAAGUGUCCACCUAUCAGGAAGUGAUUCGUGGAGAGGGGAUUUUACCUGAUGGUGGAGAAUACAAACCCCCUUCCGAUUCUUUGAAAAGCAGAGACUAUUACACGGAUUUCCUAAUUACACUGGCUGUGCCCUCGGCAGUAGCAUUGGUUCUUUUUCUAAUACUUGCUUAUAUCAUGUGCUGCCGACGGGAAGGAGUGGAAAAGAGAAACAUGCAAACACCAGAAACAGAUGAAAAGAACUUUCAUACACGUUUUCCUGAAUCUACAGUAAUAACCUACCAUAAAAUGAAACUUCUUAUCCAACUGGUCCAUCAUAGUGCUAUUCAAAAAUCUACCAAAGAACUUCGUGACAUGUCCAAGAAUAGAGAGAUAGCCUGGCCCCUGUCAACGCUUCCUGUGUUUCACCCUGUAACUGGGGAAAUCAUGCCUCCCCUACAUGCAGACAAUUAUGAGAGCACUAGUAUGCCAUUGAUGCAAACGCAGCAGAACUUGCCACAUCAGACUCAGAUUCCCCAACAGCAGACUACAGGAGAUUUCCGUUUGACAACUUUUCAAAGAUUUGAGGUAAAUGGUAUUCCUGAAGAAAGGAAACUUACUGAAGCAAUGAACUUGUAAUCAGGCAACACAGCAGUUAUAUCUUACUUCUUCCCUCUUCCAAUAAUGCAUGAGCUUUUCUGGGAUAUGGUGUGCAUGUCAACAGUAUUUAGUAUAUACCAAAUAAUACGUAUAACUUUAAUUUUACUAAGGUAUUUUUUUUGUACUUAAAGCAUUUUUGACAAUUUGUAAAACAUUGAUGACUUUAUAUUUGUUACAAUAAAAAGUGAUCUUUAAAAUAAAAAAUUAUUAAUGAA